AUGCUAAUAUCAUCAUUUCCUCUACCAUUGCUACUGGUAUUAUCACAAGUCAUGGCUACUCAUGAAGAUAAUCAAGUAGUCCUCGCUCCAAAAUCUACCCCUCCAACCGCUCAUAUGGAUAAGAGUAACGCUCCACAAGAACAACGAGAUAUUGUCCUUUCCACAUCUGCUAGUACUACUAGUUCUGUUAGUUCCACUACAGCAAGUGCAUCCAAAUUACGUAUCACGGAUACCUUAAUCUGUGACGAUGAUAAAUGCUACCCACGUGUCUUCAAACCCUCCAAGGAUUGGCAAAUUAUUCUACCUGAACAACAAUUGCCAGGGGGAUUGGAUAUUAGACUAAAUUUGGAGACAGGUUUGAAAGAGGCAAAAUUGUUAGAUGAGAAUGAUAAGUAUUAUAAACCAAAAUCUUCUCUCUCCAGCAACAUCACUUCAUCUUCUUUUAAUGUGAGUGGCACCAAAUCAACCGCCAAUGAAUUGGUUCCAAGAGAUAAUGUGGAGCUGACUUCGACUCUUGCAAGCUCAACAUCAAGUUCCACUCCGAUUCCAUCUCCCACACCAUUAGUUGAAAUCGAUACCACAUCACCAUAUGAAUUCUCUAGCGAUUUCAAUGAAAUUAGAGAAUUACUCUCAAAGGAAAAACCAUCAUUAUCUUCAUCUUCUCAAGAUACCAUCGAAACAAUAUUCGAUAACGUGAUGGAAUUUGCUCAUGAUUACAAACAUGGUUUCAAAAUAAUGACUCAUGAAUUCGAUCUAUUGAAAAAUAUAACUUUUAAUGAUAGAUUAUCUCCAAAUCUAAGAGAAUUAAGCGCUAGAAUGAUGACGAGUUGCUUGAGAAAUAAUCCACCCGUAUCUGAUUUUGUGGUAAGUUAUCACCCAACAUUCAUAGAUGAAACGUUCACACAAAUAGAUAAAUUAAUAAAGGAAAAUAAUUACAAGAUGGAUAUGAAAUCAAAGCAAUUCCUUUUGAAAAGAUACAUUACCAUUCUUGAUGAAUUAAUUGAAAGUGUUCACUCAUUCACAAAGGAAAGAAUGGAAACUUUACAAUCCAUUUAUUUGGGUAUUCAAGACAGACAAAUUAAAGUUAAAGUAUUGGAAUUAAUCUCUAAAUGCUUUAUGGCAUCAAAGAAGACCAACAAUUCCCUCUUUUCCAGAGAUGAUGUGGAUGCUAAGAUUCCAAAUGUUCAAGAUUGGGUUAAUGAAUUUGCUCAAGUGAUUCAAGAUAAAGAAAUUGAUGAAUGGCAUAUUAGAAAAUUCUUCGAUAGUUUGUACAAUAUUAAAAAGAGCUAUAAGAAGGAAAUUAAAAUUGAUUCAGAUUUCUUAAACUGGCUGGCCAAUCAAGUAGAAAUAAGACAAAAACGUUUGAAUAAUAAUUUGAAACCAAGAGAUGUGGAUCAAGAUGCAUUUGAUGAGAAAUUGAUUGAAAGUAGACACUUGAUCUUUGGGAACCCAUUGGCACACGGCAUUAAAAGCUUCCAAAGUGAAAAUGAAAUGGAAAAUGACCGUAUUAGAGAUGAAUUAUAG